AUGCUCGAGGAUCUCCCGAACGAGCUCCUGCAAAAUAUUGCGGAGUGGUUACCCCCGCUUGCUCUUCGAUCCCUGAGCCAUGCCUCUUCGAAACUUUACAAUGCUCUGGUCCCUCGGAUUUACCGUGUGAUCGUGUUUUGCGCUGCGAGUGAAUGGGCUUUGAAUGUGCUUAACGUCGAUGAUUUCUUCAUCCAUCACUCCAAAAGCGCCAGUCACCUUCUGCACACCCGCCACUUGAAGUUUGACGCCCCGAUCCGUCUCACUCGGUUCAAUCGCUGUGCAGCAUUCAACAUCUUUCAGGCAGUCGGAUUGGCCGCUGAUCCUUUCUCAACUAUUGGGACCCCCGACGGCGCUAAGGCCGAUCAGCAGUUCUUGGAAGAUAUCGGGGAUCAACUUCGCUUGGCCUUCGCACAUCUCAGCCCUGGUCUCCUUCGGUCAUUCACGUGCGUAUCAGACCAUCCCAUAUUACGAAUCCUACUCAGUGCUGAUCGGCCACCAGGUGGCGCUUGGGCACAUGCCUUCCAGCUGGCGUGUUGGAUAGAGAGGGAUACCGAAUCCAACAUCAGGAAACUCUCAUCCAACUUUCGUUGGUCACAGAUCGCUCCUGUCCCCAUGCCGCGGGCCGUUUAG